GCGCGUCGUGGGAGACAGGAGCGGUAUGACGGUGAGCCUUGAUGCGAGCGGCCCAGGGGGAGGCCCAUUGGUGUUUGAGAGCGAGCGGUUGGCCGGGUUCAAGGGCAAAAUCAUCGAGUGAUGGCAUCAUUGGGGGGUGUUUGGUGAUCUCACAUGGGGGGAGGAGGAUUGGCAUGGUAUUUUUUGGCCACUGGAUGGGCACGACUUACGUAUGUAACGCAUAUCAUAGAAACACUGUACUGUACGGACGGUAAUUUUUUCACGUUUCCGUGCCAUUCCUUUUUGUUUACCUUGCGAUUUUUGUCCUUGCCUAUCGCUAUCCCAACGGGACCCAGUCCGGUAUUCGUUUCCGUUAAUGAUCUUCACAGCAAGGUUCUUCACUACCGCAACUCGAAACCUUACGACGAACAGGGGUGCUUGCAGCGAAAAAGUUUCCAAUUACUAGCAGAUGGAGAAAAAAGCUAAAGCAAAUGGAAAUCAAGCUUGUGCCAAGUUACGGGAAAAAAGCACGCCUGGGAUUUGCUUCCUUUUUUCCCAUUCUUACCUGGGAAGUC